UCUCAAACACUGAGUUAGUUAGUCUUAGGUCCUUCCGACAUUUCCUCAAUGUCGUUUUCAUUUAUUGCCUGGCUGUUCAUUUCUUUGUGCGGAUCUGGACAUGCAGAUCGUCCUGGUGAACUUUCCGCUGUGCUAAGUGAGAUCUCUCAGCGGGCGCAUGGAAAGCAUUGUGAGGACAUCCUGCAGACCAUAGAAACGAAGAUGGGUGUCGAACGAAAGGAGUGGAUUGAAGGUCAAAGUGCCAGUUUUGAAGCAGCAUUGCGUCCAUUGUUUGCUGUACUUCCCCAUGGCAACACUGGAAGAUUGGGUCUUGAGAUGGCAAGGUAUGCUUUACAUCGAGUCUUUGUGGAUGCCAGAGGUUGGAAUGUGAAUGGCCUUGAAGAGUCCAACCUACACGGAGUCCGCAAUGCCUCAACACUUCCACCCUUACAGAGUAUCCUGCGGGGUCAAGUUCCACCAGAAGUCGAAGCCGCGUUCCAACAAUGCUUCGCUACAGACGUGGGCAUCAAGGAUCUAGGCUUGCUGGCAGCUUCACUGGAUGAGCUUGUGCACCAGGAGGUUCUACAACGCGCCAAAAACGUGUUUAAGGCCAAGAAACUCCCUAUGUUUGGACAUAUCGAUCUGAAGCAGAUGCAGGAGGUUCUGGAACAAGUGAUGAUGGGCUACAUUUGCGAUUCAGCUGGGAUCCAGCAAGAGGAAAGGGAGAAGUACCUCUCUGGUGAGCUUGACAUCCGGGAGAAAUAUCCUUCUUGGCCCAGCCUUCAGCAAUUCCUGCACAGCCUGCAAGACGUGAUGCUUCCAGCACAAGCAACACGUUUUCACUUCGAAGACUUGACUGGACUGGUGAAAGAAUUGAACGAACACUAUGGCAGGUGGCAAGACGGAGAAUGUCAAGUCUUAUCGAACGAGUUGAAAGAUUUGGAGGCGCAAUGUCCUGGUCACAUCAACUUACGUCAGUUCUACUCCAGCCAUCUGCACCAAAACAAGUGGCAGUUUACUGAAAGUGUCCAGUACCUUCGAUCCCUUGGUGCUUUGGAGGAAAGCGAGACAAAUAAACCCAGAUUGAUUUCUACAAAUUAUGUUCUGGGAGCCAACAACUGUGUGUCAACAUCGCAAUUCUACUCACAGUGCUGCGUGAACCAAUGUGACGCUCACCUCCGCAAGUUGGAAAAGGCUGUUGCGCAAGCCGAAGUUCCAGCAGAUGAUUUGCAGGCUGCGAUCACAGCGGUUUUGCCGGAACCUGACCCCGAAGGCUUGUUCGAAAAGCUGCAGGAGAUCGCCAAAAGACAUGGCGGAAAGGUAACACUGCAUGGACUUCAGUUUGCAGAGUGGCUUCACCAUGCAUAUCCUCGAGAAUGCCCUGCUCCUAAGUUCAAGGACCAGCCGGAAGAACUUUCAAGCCACUUUGAAUCUCGCACCCACAUGUCCUCUACCUUCUCUGAUGCUGAUAUGGAGGCAUAUCUUGAGAGUCACAACGUGGCAGAGUCUCAAAAGUGUCACAUUCCGUGGACCGAAGAAGUGCCAAACGUGCCACUCCAGGCACGUCGGCUUCAAGAAAUGACGCCUUCAGGUGGUUCAACCAGCUGGUGGGCUGCCUUCGCAGCCGUCAGCGCACUUGGCAGUUUGGUGACUGCCCGUGUUGUCACCAGGAAUGAAAUGAACGCAGAGGCUCCAACGGAUCCCAUGGCUUAAGCGCCUUGAGAGGCUUGAGACCUCAACCAAUGUCUCCUUGAUUUCAGAGUCCAUCUGGCGGUUCCCAUCUUCCAAGUGGCCGCAGAACGUGUGGAAUGCUGAGGAAAGGCAACCAGCGCAGAGUUGGCUGUGAGUGACUACUGUGUCUGACUAUAUAGGCAGGUGCUUUUGCAAGAAAAUGUCCAGUGACAAGAAGGUUAAAGUUUCC